GGAUGGCCGGAUAUCGCGACGCUCAUGCAAAAAGAUACAUUCUUCACGAUAUUUAUAAAAACGGAACUGGAGGAACCGGUGAAAACGGCGCUAUGCGAUCUUUGGCUAAACUUAGAACAGGCACCUACUGUAUCGCAGCGCACGGAGGACACUUACACGUCCUCCACACCUGCGACUACAACAACAGCACAUGUAGGUGCUACCUCACCAAGGUCCUCCGGGGCCGUUUCGGAAAAUGGUUGGCUCGCAAAUGCUCUAGCACACGAAACUUGUCAAUCCAAAGAUGGCGUGCUUUCGCAAUUUAUAUGUCACCAGGAACACGGUCAAUCCUUAAAAUUAACAACUCAGGGGGAAAUUGGCUUCGAGGUGGCCAAAAUCGAGCUAUACCCCUUUACGGAGGUGGUCAACGAAGAUCGGCUGAACUGGUGGAGGGUGGCCCGGACCAGAGCUCUCAUCCACUUCAAUGGACCUCCAGACCCGGAUCUACUGGCGAUAAAACGCAUUUUGGACAAGAAGGCGAGAGAGAUUGCGGAAAUGGAGGGGACGGAGAAGAAGGUUGUCAGAGCGGCGUCAGCAGGGGAACGCAAAGGUCCCACAAAGGGGAGCAGAUCCUAG